CCGAUAUCAAGAAUCUAAUAUUACUUGAAAACAAUCAGAACAAACAAAAUGACCGACUCCACAGACUACUCAACCACCACUUUCCGCACAAUCAACAACAUCGACAAUUCUGCCCAAACUGCCUACACCGGCGACACAACCUACGGCACCUACGAAGACGACGCCAUAACUGACUACGGCCUACGCGGAACCUCCGAACCAAAGCCCUACUCCACCCCUGCCGCUGCCACCGCCUCAGGAAUCCGCGGCUACGACCCCUCUGACUACUCCAACAUCGCCGUGCAGGAUGGCGGUGGCCACACGGCGUAUGACCCUGUGACGGGGGCAUAUGAUGAGCAUUAUGAUUAUCGGGCGGAGGACUCGACCAAGCAUCAUCGGGAGAGAAUGUUGCCGGAUGGGACGUAUCAGUUGAGGGAGGUGGAUCGGUUUGAUGAUGGGACGGCGAGGGUGCAUCGGGAGUAUAAUAAUCCGAAUACGGGGACGAAUUUCAUUAAGGAUUAUCAGAAGUGAUUGAUUGCUGACGAUGUUUCGUGUUUGUUCGUUCGUGUACUCUGGUAAAAGGAAGGGGAAAGGCAGGCUGGAGUUUGUUUGAGGGCAUACUAUGUACAGUACUAGGAUACAAAACUAGGAAAGUAGCUGGAUAGUGCAGGAUGGAUAUGCAUGCUUGAUGUUUUAAGUAUAAGAAGAUCCUCAUCAAACCAAUGACUUUAUACCCGAACUGUCAAUUAAAAAAUUUAGUUGAGAGCAUUAAUAGGAGAUUAUAAAGUUAC